UUAGCAGCAGAGAUCAGUCCCGCAUUGGACAUUUACUUUCCUGACAAAACUGAAGUACAGAUAAUCGCUGAACCAGGCCGUUAUUAUGUGACCUCAUCCUUCACACUGGCUGUGAAUAUCAUUGCUAGAAAAAUUGUUAAAUAUUCUCAACCCAGCUCCAACGAUGAGGAAGCUGGGAAUGAGAAGACCAUGAUGUACUAUUUAAAUGACGGUCUGUAUGGGUCUUUCAAUAAUUUUGCACAAUAUCGUGAACUAUUGAAGCCAAUCCCAUAUAAAAAACACUCCCUUGACCAAAAGCUGUAUAACACCAGGAUUUGGGGACCCACCUGUGAUGCAUGGGAUCAUAUUUCCGACACCUGGAAGCUGCCUGAACUGGAGAUUGGAGACUGGCUGCUCUUUCAAAACAAUGGAGCAUACACCAUCAGCACUUCAACCAUGUUCAAUGGCUUUCAUGCAGCCAUGACACAUUACGUAAUAUCCAAGGAGGCCUGGAAUACCCUCCAGAAGAUAAAGAAAGAAACGCAAUCUCCAGUGCAAGAACAGGAUGAUGUAGAUACUCAACACCUGGUCAUCAGACAUUAAGAUGUAGGAUAGAAGCAGGCAUUUGGUCCAUCGAGUCUGCUUUAUCAUUUAUUGCAAUUAUGACUGAUCUGAUAAUCCUUAACUCCACUUGUCUGCUUUUUCCCUAAAAUACUUGUCUCCCUUAUGAUUAAAAAGUUGUCUUUCUCAGCCUUGAUUAUUCAUAAUAAUCCAGCCUCAACAACUGCCUGUGGUAAAGAUGUCCACAGAUUCACUGCCCUCUGACAAAAGAAAUUCCUUCUCAUCUCUGUCUUAAAUGUAUAAGUUCCCAGGCUCUCCCACAAGAGGAAACUUUCCUCAUUUACCCUGUCAAGUCUGCUACAGAACUUUCUUCAAAUGAGGUCUCCACUCCUUCUUCUAAUCUUCAAUAAGCACAGGCUCACCAUACUCAAUCUGUAACCCCUCCGUACCUGAAGUAAACUUAAUGAAUGUCUGCACUCCCUCCAAUGACAGGUACCCUUCCUUAGAUAAGGGGAACAAAACUGUUCACAGUAUUCUAGGUGUGCCUUGUGUUGUUUUAGCAAGAAUUCCCUCUUUUGAAACAGUGAUGAAUAUCCCUUUCAUCAUCAAUGCAAAUGAUGAAAAUUAUUCAUAUUCCUCCAACACUUAGAUAAACAUACAAACAUAUUUGUUCAGCUUGGCUUUACAUUACUCCUUGUUGAUGUACUGUGAUGGAUUAAAUUGCUAACAAUCAAUGUUCAGUGUAAUGAAACCUAUUUAUCUUCUUUGUGAUGACAAUUUUUCACUUUCCCAGAGCUUUGCCAUCCAGAUGAAUAGGCAAAAGUAGUCCUAAAAGUAAACUUUCUUCUGCUACACUGUUUUUCAAUGUUAAAUGUAUGUAACUUGACUGUCAAUUAAAUUUAAUGGGAUAAUUUAAUCAUCAACAAACUGAGUCACAGAGUCCUACAGCACGGAGACAGACCCUUUGGCCCAAACUGGUCCAUGCCGACCAAAAUAUCCAUCCACGCUAAACCCAUUUCCCUGCAU